UAAGAAAUUUCUGACAAAAAUAAUGUCGACGAGUACCCGUCCCUUCGACCGUCUACUCAUCGGCAUCCUCCUACUCCUACUGGUUUGCAAAUCAAGCUCGCAGCCCACCUCCGGCGACCAAACCACCCUCCUAGCUAUCAAGAACCAGUGGAGAAACCCUUGGCAGCUUGUCUCUUGGGACCCCGUCACCAACCCCGAUCACUGCAACUGGAUCGGCGUGGUCUGCCGUGGCGGACGCUCCGGGGCUGUGACGGGGAUAUCCUUGCCGAAGCUCAACAUUACCGGCAAGGUACCGGAGUCUCGCCUCGACCUCUCGUACAACAACCUCACCGGCGGGUUCCCGGACGCCCAGCUCUAUGCCUGCUCCCAGCUCCGAUUCCUCGACCUCUCCAACAACGCCUUCCACGGGGUCCUCGCUGAUGACAUCAGCCGCCUGUCACCGGCGAUGGAGCACCUCAACCUGUCGACAAAUCAGUUCCGCGGCGCCGUGCCGGCAGCGGUGGCCGGGCUGCCAGGGCUGAGGUCGCUGCUUCUUGACAACAACCAGUUCACCGGGGCCUACCCAGCUGCCGAGAUAAGCAAGCUCGCCGGGCUCGAGCAGCUGACGCUUGCCUCGAACCCGUUCGCGCCAGCGCCUGCGCCGCCGCAGUUCGCCAAGCUGACCAACCUGAUCUACCUCUGGAUGUCUGAGAUGAACAUGACCGGCGAGAUCCCCAAGGCCUACUCGAGCCUAGUGAACCUGCAACUGAUCGCCAUAACGGAUAACAAUCUCACCGGUGAGAUCCCGGCGUGGGUCUGGCAGCACCCCAGACUCGAGAACUUGUACCUGUUCAACAAUGGACUCACCGGCACACUGCCGCGCAAAAUCACGGCGGUGAACUUGAUAGAACUUGAUGUUUCGUCGAACCAACUCACUGGAGAAAUACCGGAAGACAUUGGUAACCUCAAGAACCUGAGCAUACUGUUCAUGUACGCCAAUCAGCUCACGGGAAGCAUUCCAGCAAGCAUAGCGAUGUUUCCAAAUCUCAGGGACAUCAGGCUAUUUGAAAACAAGCUCUCUGGCGAGCUGCCGACCGAGCUUGGAAAGAACUCGCCGCUCGGAAACCUCGAGAUCUGCAACAACAACCUGUCAGGCCCACUACGGCCUUGUCGUCUUCAACAACAACUUCUCGGGCCAGCUCCCGAAGUGCCUGAGCGACUGCAUCCUGCUGAACAACAUCAUGCUGUCCAACAACAGCUUCUCGGGCGACUUCCCAGCAAAGAUAUGGUCAUUUCCGAAGUUGACCAAUGUCAGUAUACAGAACAACGGUUUCACCGGGUAUUUACCGGCCAAUAUAUGUGAGAACAUCUCGUGGAUUGAGAUGGGCAACAACAAGUUCUCGGGCUCCUUGCCAACUUCAGCAACCGGAUUGAACGUGUUCAAGGCGGAGAACAACCUGCUCUCUGGCGAGCUGCCGGCCGACAUGAGCAAGUUUCCCAACCUUACAAAGUUGUGGAUAUCCGGCAACCAACUAACUGGGACCGAUACCAAAAUCAGUCAAUUUGUCGCAGAAGCUCAGUAGUCUUGACCUUAGCGACAACAGGUUGUCCGG